UGAUACCGAGUGGUCUAAGUAUCUUUUUGGAGUCGCAGGAGACCUUCGAAGUCAAGUUGCGUAGCUUCGGGCCGCUCACCUUCUGGUUCAUGGCGAUGAUAAAUUAUUCCUGUCUCUUGAUGCAUGUCGAUGACAUACGCAGCUGCGUAAAGCACGUAGAGACGGACUGGCGGCUCAUUAAAAAAGUCGAAGAUCGGCAGAUAAUGCUGAGAAAUGCCAAAAUAGGUAGAUUCAUCGCCGGCUUCUGCACCGUGUUUAUGCAUAGUGGUGUUUUUUCGUACAAUGUUGCCCGAGUUUUUUCCAAAGACGUUUUAUACAUGGAUAACAGCAGUGUGAUGGUUCGCGCCUUACCUUAUCCCUUCUAUAGCAAGAUCCUGAACGCGCAUUUCAGUCCGGCAUACGAGUUCGUGUUUUUUCUACAAUGCUUCUCGACCUUUGUCGUCAAUUCCGUCACGGUUGCCGCGUGUGGCCUCGCGGCGGUUUUCGUGAUGCACGCGUGCGGCCAGCUCAAAAUUUUAAUGUCCUGGUUAGACAAUCUUCUGGACGGACAAAAUGAAGAGAAAAAUUCUAUAAAACAAAGGUUCGCCAUCAUUGUGGAGCAUCAUCUGAGAGUGUUGAGACUUGUAUCCCGUACAGAAAGAAUUACGAAUAUAAUAUGUCUUGUAGAAUUAGUCGGAUGUACGAUGCACAUAUGUCUUUUAGGAUAUUAUUGCAUUAUGUCAUUCACCAUGUACGAUCAUUCUCUCGAGUCCGCGAUAGACGGUUGGAACUAUAGCAUCCAGCUGAAUCGCUGGUUCCUAAAACCGGUUGGCGCGUGGCCUCUGACACUUUGCGAAACCACAACGGAGAAGAUCAGCUGCGUGAUCUUGUCGGUGAUCAGCUGCUUUCUAAUAUGUUUUCUGCUCGUCCCGUGCACUCUCGGCACCAUUCUAGUAGACACUGAUCUCGACAUGAAAAUCAGAAUGAUUGGUCCAAUCAGUUUCUUCCUGAUGGCCGUGGUAAAGCAAUACAUCCUCAUCGCCCGCGGCGAACGCAUCAGCGAAUGCAUCCGACACAUCCGCGCGGACUGGGAUCGAGUCAGGCUGGGUCACGAGAAGGACCGCGAAGUCAUGUUGGACAAUGCCAAAUUUGGCAGAUGGCUUUCUUUCGUCAGCGCGGCCUUCAUGUAUUCCGCUGGCUUCUUUUAUACCACGCUGAUGCCGCUUUGUGCAAAAAGAACGGAGAUAAUCGAUAACGAGACGGUGAGAUUACUGUCCUUCCCGAUCUACCGCGGCCUCCUCGAUCCACGGACCACUCCGUCCUUUGAGAUCGCUCAAUUCACGCAAACUCUAGCUGGUUACGCCAUUUACACGCUCACCAUCGGUGUCUGCAGCCUGGCCGCGGUAUUCGUCAUGCAUGCUUGCGGUCAGUUCCGGAUUCUCAUGCUAAAGAUGGAGAAUCUUGCGGACGGAAAAAAAAGAAAGAGCAUCAGCGGAAAGACGCCCGAGGAAAGGCUCAGCGACAUCGUGAAAUAUCACAUUAGAAUAUUAAGUUUUAUAACUCGCACCGAGGGAUUAUUAAAUGAGAUUUUCUUCGUGGAUGUAGUAGGAUGUACGCUCAAUAUAUGUUUUUUGGCAUUCAAUAUGAUGACGGUACGAAAAAUUGCUACGAAGUCUUACAUGAUAAACUGGUAUUAUUUACCGGGUAAAAGUGCGCUCGGUUUAAUAUUAGUAAUGAAUACCACGAUUACCACGAUCAAACCAGGAAAAUUUAUGGAGUUAUCUUUGGCCAGUUUUUGCAGCCUAUGCCGUUGGAUUCUGAAACCGAUCGGCAUCUGGCAUCUCGUUUAUGGCCAUUCGUCGCAAUACGAGAAACUGCUUUCGAUAACGCUGAUUUUCGCAUGCUUUUCUGUCUUGUGUUUCGUGCUCGUACCUUCCGGUCCAUACACUCUACUUCGCGAGAAAGACAUCAACGUUAAGCUUAAGCUCUUUGGUCCGGUUGGCUUCUGCCUGACUUCCGCGAUAAAGUAUUGCUUCCUCGGAAUGCGCGGUACGGCGAUUGGAAAAUGCAUCAAGCAUGUCGAACAUGACUGGCAGAUGGUUCAAUAUCAAGAUCAUCGUAAAAUGAUGCUGAGAAAUGUACUAGUGGGCCGCAGACUCACCACAUUAUGCGUGAUUUUUCUUUACACCGGUGGAAUGUCUUAUCAUACAAUUAUGCCGCUGUUAUCUAUGAAAACGAACAAUAACUACACGAAUAGACCGUUGGUUUAUCCCGGCUACGAUAUUUACUUCGAUCCUCAGGCAAGUCCCGUUUACGAGAUUAUCUUUUGUGUACAUUGCCUAUCCGCUAUGAUCCAGUACAGUAUCACGACGGCGGUGUGCAGUUUGGCAGCGAUUUUUGCGACGCACGCGUGCGGACAAGUGCAGAUAUUGAUGACGCUGUUGGACGACAUGGUGGAUGGUAAAAAAAACAAGAACACGACCGUGGACAAGCGUCUGUCUUUAAUAACGAGGCAUCACGUGCGCGUGCUGAGAUUUACGGCCGAUGUGGAGGAAGUGUUGCAUGAAAUAUGCUUGAUGGAACUGGUAGCCGCAACUUUGAUUAUAUGCUUACUCGAGUACUAUUGCAUGACGGAAUGGGAAAAUAGCGACGCCGUGGCAAUCUUUACAUAUUUUAUUCUACUGAUAUCUUUAACGUUCAAUAUUCUAAUAUUUUGUUAUAUCGGCGAGCUCAUUGUGGAAGAGUAUAGCAAAAUUGCUUCAGCCGCGUAUGAAGUUAAUUGGUACGACUUACCUGGCCAUAAAGCUCUCGAUCUCGUAUUGAUCAUCGCGAUGUCUCAUUAUCCACCCAAGCUUACGGCUGGCAAGUUCUGUGAUUUAUCCCUGAAUACUUUUGGCACUAAUUAUUCUUUCAACAAAACAGUGAAUUAUUUGCGUGACCCAGCUGUUAUUGCGUGCAAUCAGCUGUCUAUCGUGUAA